AUGGACUGUAAUUUCUUAUGGCUAUAUAUAGAGCAUGCUGCAACCAGUUGCUUUCGUUCAAAUUUGCCAAAGCCUACAUUUACACUGUAUCCUCUCUACCAGACCACAAUCAUGGAUUCCUGCAAACUUCUUUUUCCUUUUCUUCUCUGCUCUCUCUUCUUUUUUGUUCUUCCUCUUGCAUCUCAUGCUCAUCUUCUCAAGGCUUGUCAGUUUGAGGCGAUUUAUAACCUGGGAGAUUCAAUAUCUGACACCGGCAACUUGAUCCGCGAGGACCCUGCUUCUGUUUUUGGUAGGCUUCCCUAUGGCCUAAACUUAUACUCCACUGCAACUGGUAGAUGCUCCAAUGGUUUGCUCAUGAUUGAUUUCAUUGCAAAAUCAGCUGGUGUUCCCCUUCUCAAUGCAUAUUUGAAUGAAUGUUCGACCAAGACACAUGGAGUCAACUUUGCAGUUGCUGGCUCUACUGCUUUGCCUGUGGAAUUUCUUGCAGAAAACAGAGUCAUUGCCUCUGUUACCAACAGCUCUCUUUCCAUACAACUCAACUGGAUGGCUGCCCAUUUCUAUUCAACUUGCCACAACUGCAAAGAUUGCAUUGAAAAACAUAAAAAAUCUCUGUUCAUGGUUGGGGAAAUUGGAGGCAAUGAUUAUAACUAUGCAUUACUACAAGGCAAGACUAUUGAUGAGUUGAAGCACAUGAUACCGGAUGUUGUUAAUGUCAUCAAAUAUGCUGUCGCGAGAGUUAUUGGAUUUGGUGCGACUCGAGUUGUAGUUCCUGGAAAUUUUCCAAUUGGAUGCUUGCCCAUAUUUCUCACAGGAUUUCACACCAACGAUUCUAAUGCAUAUGAUGAACUUCACUGCCUCAAAGGACUCAACAACUUUGUAAUAUAUCACAAUGAACUACUCCAACGAGGAAUUAUAGCAUUGCAGGAAGAGCAUCCGCACGUGACUAUAGUGUAUGGGGAUUACUACAAUGCUUACAAGUGGGUUUUGCAAAAGGCUGCACUGCUAGGAUUUGACCCCAAUUCAGUACAAAAGGCUUGCUGUGGCUGUGGAGGAGAUUAUGACUUUAGCCUUGAAAGAUUUUGUGGAACUCCUGAUGUUCCUGUUUGUGCUAAACCUGAAGAACGUAUGAGUUGGGACGGAGUACAUUCCACUCAAAAGGCUUAUUUCUUUAUGGCACGAUGGCUCAUUCGGGACAUCUUCCAAAAGCUUCGAUGCAUUGCUUGAUUUUUUCUCCAUUAAUUUAAUUUUUCAUGCUAGUCAUGAUUAGCUAGUAGAUUAAGAUUUAUUUUAUCAGCUGUCUCUAUUACAUGGUUCAAGUGAUAUUUUUAUCAGCUGAUCAUUGUGCAAA